ACUGUGUUUCAUGUGAAGCGUUUUUGCAAGGUGGCAACUACCCCCGCGCGCCUCCACAUUCCUCCCCCUCAGCUUUAGAGGACUUCACCUACAAACAAACAAAGUACCCUCUCUCUCUCUCUCUCUCUCUCAACAAACAAAGUACCCUCUCUCUCUCUCUCUCUCUCUCUCUCUCUCUCUCGGGGAGUGGAAGGUGGGAAUCUCGAGGAAAACGUACGCUUAUCUCGUGUCACAACAAGGACUGGAGAUCGAGCGCGCGCUGCUGAAAGUUUGUUGGGCUCUCUAGUAUUGUAAUUUAAGAGGAAUUUGAACUGCUAUCUACAAGUAUGAUGCUUUCUCCUGCAUGUCAAGAUUGAGCAAUUAGCUGUUCAUGGGGGGAGUUUAUUCCACUCGGAGUGAUCAUUUGUUAUUGAGACAUGGAUCCUUUGAAUGAUAGGCUGUUUGACUCCACCUUCUUGAUGUCUGAAGAGCGAGCAACAUCCCCUCUUCUUAUCUUCUUCAAAGACGCAAGGCAAGUCUUCAAAUUGGAUGAGCUAGGAUUAGAGAUUGCAUUGAUCGCUUUCCCUGCUGCAUUGGCUUUGACAGCCGAUCCUAUUGCCUCUCUAGUGGACACAGCAUUCAUCGGCCAGAUAGGUCCAGUCGAGCUUGCAGCUGUAGGUGUCUCCAUUGCAGUGUUUAAUCAGGUGUCAAGGAUUGCUAUAUUUCCUCUUGUUAGUGUAACUACAUCUUUUGUUGCUGAGGAGGAUGCUACCUGCAAAAUGGCCAAUGAAGAACUUGAAUGUGGAGAACAUGAAGGGCCACUUUCUGUAAAUAGUGAAAUGAAAGAAUUGAUUCCUCAAAAUGAUCCUGAAAGGACUGUGAGCAACUCAUCUUCCUGCUCUGAUAAAUCUACAUGUAUCAUACCUGGGCGUGAACGGAAACAUAUUCCACCAGCAUCUUCAGCAUUAGUCAUUGGUGGGAUUCUUGGCCUUCUCCAAGCUCUCAUUCUCAUUUCUGGAGCAAUACCUAUCUUGAAUUUUAUGGGUGUAAAACCUGAUUCCCCUAUGUUGACCCCAGCAUGUCAAUAUUUGACUUUGAGGUCUCUUGGUGCUCCUGCUGUUCUCUUGUCUUUGGCCAUGCAAGGGGUCUUUCGAGGAUUCAAGGAUACAAAAACUCCUUUAUAUGCAACAGUGGCUGGAGAUGCAACCAAUAUUAUCUUGGAUCCCAUAUUUAUGUUUGUUUUCCAUUUAGGUGUCAGUGGUGCGGCUAUUGCUCAUGUUAUUUCUCAAUACUUGAUUGCAUUAAUACUUUUGUGGAGACUGCUGAGAGAAGUUGACGUGUUACCUCCUAGUAUCAAAGAUCUGCAGUUUAGCCGCUUCCUGAAAAACGGUUUUCUAUUACUUGCAAGGGUAAUUGCUGUCACAUUCUGUGUGACGCUGGCAGCAUCAAUGGCUGCAAGACACGGAUCAAUUCCUAUGGCUGCAUUCCAGAUCUGCUUGCAGAUCUGGUUGGCGACGUCUCUUCUUGCUGAUGGAUUGGCUGUUGCUGGACAGGCAAUACUUGCAAGUGCAUUUGCUAGAAGAGAUCAUUCCAAAGCAACAGCUGCUGCAUCCCGUGUUUUGCAGUGGGGAGUGAUUCUAGGUCUGGUUCUCUGUGUCAUUCUUGGAAUUGGCUUGCAGUAUGCAUCAAGAUUAUUUACCAAGGAUGCCGAUGUUCUGCAACUUAUUCAUAUAGGAAUCCCGUUUGUGGCGCUUACUCAACCAAUUAAUGCCUUGGCCUUUGUUUUCGAUGGAAUCAAUUUUGGAGCAUCAGAUUUUGCAUAUUCUGCAUAUUCUAUGGCAAGUUGUGGUCCUUGUGGCCAUUGUCAGCAUCUUAUGCUUGGUUGUCCUCUCUUCUAGUCAUGGUUUUAUUGGAAUCUGGAUAGCUCUAACGAUCUACAUGAGUCUACGAAUGUUUGCUGGUUUUUGGAGGAUAGGGACAGCAAGAGGGCCAUGGACAUUUCUUCGGAGUGUUUAAAGUCUUACCUUUGGGAUUCCUUUCUGUCUUUCCAAAUGUUUAGAAUGUGAUCUCUGUUAACUCAGUUAUUAAAGGUUCUUAUUGGAAAGCUAGCCUUGACAUAAAACAAGAGCAUUACAUGUCCUCUGGUCAAGGGCACUAGCAGUUUGCGUGGCAGUAAUAAUCCUUCGUACAGGCUAUAGAAGGCAAGAACAUCUAGACAAUAUGAUGCCGUAUAUUUCAUUAAUCGAGCUGAUAUAUUGGCGCACAAAUUAAAGAUCAUAAUUGAUGUCUCAGAAAGUUUUGUUAUGCUGAGAAAUGGAUCAAUGUGCACAACAAAGUUAUGCAGGAUUCUUGUAAGACCAUCUGGACAAAAAUUUAGCCCAUUUUCUUCCCCCUUAAGUGUAAAAUCACUUGCUAUCUAUAUUUGUAAUUUUGAAAGUUAUUUCAGUGGUUAUGUGCUGUAAGAAACAAAGGGAAAGGUAUUAUGUUUAAAGAUUUCCGCAGUGGUUAAUAGUUGACAAAUGAUCAAAAACUUUUGUUCUGCAUGUUUAAAAAAGACAACCAUUGUACAUAUGGAAUCUUGUGUAUGUAACUAUAAUAUACUCAGUGUACAAGUUUAUAAUAUAACAGAUUUUUUUUCCCGAUA